AUGGCGUCCACGGUACAUUUAGAGAUCGUCGGUCUUUUAAAUAAACAUAAUUUUCAAAUAGCCAAAAGCAUUGUCGAGGGACUGAAAAAUAAAUUCCCGGAGUCAUUUGAUGAUCCAACAAUUCGCCCGUUGCUGGAGUGUGACUGGCAUGACUAUUUAUCGAAUAAAAAGAGGGAGCUGAAAGCGGAGGUUUGGCAGUACAGCGGCUGUCUAAUGUCUUUCGCAAACGGUCAGUUGCUCGGUGAUGAGAGGAAACUGUCCAGCUGGGCAGAGAAAGAGUGGACGUUUUCUUUCCGUCGACCACAGGCGCUUUAUAAAGCCCUAGCUGAGGAAUAUUACACCAGCAACCUGCGAGGCACAGGGCAUAUUUUUGUUUAUAUGGAUAUUGAAAGCGGUGGAGAGGCAUUUGGCAGACUGUUGUUUGAGCUGUUCUCAGACUUGUGUCCAAAGACGUGUAGGAACUUUAAGGCCUUGUGCACUGGAGAGGCAGGUUUGUCCAAGAGUAACCUUGAGUUGAGCUAUAAGUGCUCAAUUUUCCACAGAGUUGUGCAAAAUGGCUGGCUGCAGGGUGGAGAUAUUUCACCUGAAAGGAAAGGCACUGGGGGAGAGUCUAUCUAUGGCCCAACAUUUGAGGAUGAGAAUUUUGUCGUAUCCCACAACAAGCGUGGCAUUCUGGGAAUGGCUAAUCAAGGUGCUCAUAGCAACGGCUCUCAGUUCUACAUCACACUACAGCCAGCUUCCUGGAUGGACCACAAAUAUGUGGCUUUUGGGCAACUUGUUGAGGGCACAGAGGUUCUGAAGAGACUAGAGGCAGUGCCCACCUACAACGAGAGGCCCAAACAGGACUGCAAAAUAUCAGCAUGUGGAGUAUUUGAGCCCUGAGUAAUCCCAUACCGCCUAUCAAGACAGCAAUACAAGAAGCGUUUUUAUUACAUGUAGAAAUACU